AACAAAGAAACAGAAAAUAUACGGCCUUGUGGACACAGAGAUACAGAUCUUUGUGAAGACCCUGAUGGGCAAGACCAUCACCCUCAAGGUCGAGCCCGGUGACAUUAUUGAGAAUGUCAAAGCUAAAAUCCAAGACGAGGAGGGCAUCCCACCUGACCAGCAGUGUCUGACUUUUGCGGGCAAACAGCUGGAGGACGGCGGCACUCUCUCAGACUGCAAUAUCCAGAAAGAGUCCACCCUGCACACGGUGCUUCGCCUGCGGAGUGGCAUCAUCGAGCCUUCCCUCCGCCAGCUCGACCAGAAAUACAGCUGCGACAAGACGAUCUGCCCCAAGUGUUAUGCUCGCCUGCAUCCCCGCGCUGUCCACUGCUGCAAGACGAAGCGCGGCCAUGCCAACAACCUGCGCCCCAAGAAGGUCAAAUAAGGCCCCGCCUCUGGCUCCUCCUUUGCCCGAAGGGCAGCCUCCUGCCUGAGCCCUGCGGCCCUGGGGCCUCAAUAAAGUUUCCCUUUCAUUGACUGGA